AUGGACAGCUCACUGGAAAACACAGCUAUUUCUUUGUCAAGUUGUUCUUUAGAGUCAGAAUUUACUGCAACUGGAAGAGACAACAGCAUCAGAUCUAAUUUCCUAAAAAGUUUUAAAGACUGGGAUUGUUUUGAUGAUGAGCAAGAUUCUUUUUGUGAUUCAAAUGGUCUAGAAAUAGAAGAAAAGUCCAUUAUUUGCUCUGAAACUGAUGCAAUUCAAAAUACAGCUAUAUACAUGGAAACAGGCCAUACCUUACCAUCUCAUUUGGCUGCAAAUACACAAGAAAAUAGUGACCAAAAUAUUGUCGAUAGUUUGUUAAAGAAAAUUGUGAGGGGAACUGAUUCUCAGGCAUGCAAAAGCCAAGGCUUAAUACCACCUCACAUCGGUCAAAUUUAUGAUGAAUUAUUUGUCAUACAUCAGAAACUUCAGAGAGAAAGUUCAGCACAGCAGGAGUAUGCUCUGCAACUCCAGAAACGAGAGCGCUGUCUAACAGAACGAGAAGCAUUGCUUUUUAAACAUGAAGCAGCUUUGGCUAAAAUAAGAGGUGUUGAGAAAGAAGUUCACACAAAAUUUGGAGCUAUAAAAGAGCGGCAUGAGGCAGAAGUUAAACAGCUGACUGAAGCCUUGAGAGAAAUAACUAAAGAAAAUAGGAGGCUGAAGUCAUCAUUUGACACCUUGAAGGAAAUGAAUGACUCUUUGAGGAAACAGUUAAGUGAUGUAACUGAGCUGAACAAGAAGUUGGAAGGUCAAGCACGAAAAGUACAAGCGCGUUUAGAAAACCUACAGAGGAAGCAUGAAUUUUCGGUAGUACGGAAGUCUGACAAUAUACGUCAAGUGAUGCAACAAAGCAAACCUGUGAAACAGGAAAAAGUGAUGGUAACAUCAAAAAUAGCUAAGCUACCAUUGCAUUCACAAGUUUAUGAGCUCUUAACUUUUCUUAUGGAUUGGAUCUCAGACGAGCAUCUCAGCAAAAUAAAAACACAAGAAGAAAGAGAGGACAGUCAUGAACUUAUGGUUACCCAGAGCUCAAAUAAACCCUCUACUCGGCAAAAGUGUAUGAAGCUUUUGCCUAUAGCUACUGAGCAACUCCAGUGGAUGCCAUAUGUGAAUUCUAAACUGCACAUGCCUGUAAUUAAAUUUAUUUACUGGUCUAUAAGACAGCUAGACACUGAUAUACAGCAUGCAACAAUGAGAUCAACAAUGAGGAGACUGGGCGAAGAUAUUUUCAAAGGCAUCAUGAGCAAGGGAAACCCACAUGGUUCUUCUGAACCGUCUAUAGAGAGUAAAUCAAAAUCAGCAGCUUUCUUUAAGAGUUCCUGUAUGCCUUUGAGAUUUCUGUCAACUUUAAUUGUGCUCAAAACAGUGACACAAGUGGAUUACCUGGCUCAGGCAUUUGAUUCCCUUCGCAUAGACUUGAAGACAGAUGAAGGGAAGGCCUUAUUUUUGGAAUACCAAUGUGUGCCUGUUGUAUUAAGUCACUUAAAAGUAUCCAGUAGAGGUCUACUUUCCAGUGCUCUUGAUGGAUUACUUCAGAUGACCAUGGAAUCUGGUAAAUUCGGGUUCUUUACAGCCUUUCCUGGAAGCGUGCAGUAAUGAAUCCUUCUUCCGCACUUGUUCUAUAUUGCUUCGAAGUUCUAAGCUAGAUGUUCCAGUUUUGGAAAAGCUCUGUGUUAUACUGCAAAAACUCUCCAGAAUAAAAAGCAAUAAGAAGAUGUUUGAAUUGUUUGCUCUUCACCAAAUGAUUCAAGAGUUGCAUAGGACUACAAAUCCAGAUCACACCUUCC